AUGGCCUCCUUCGGACUGUCCCCCCUGGACGCCCAGGCGAUGGAGGCGACGAAGGCGAACACGCUGACGGGCCUCGCACCCCGAGACACGACGGUGCCUAUCGUUACAACCUCCUCCGUCCUCGGCAUUGCGUACAAAGAUGGAAUCCUCAUGGUUGCGGAUACCUUGGCUUCCUACGGCCGUAUGUCGCGCUUCAAAGACACCUCGCGGUUCUUCACGCUGGGCUCGCACACGGCGCUGGCGACGACGGGAGACUACUCCGAUCACCAGAUGCUUGAGCGCACGCUCUCGCUGUACGCCCUCAAGGACUUCCUCCACGACGACAACUGCGCCAAGAGUGCGCACCAAUACGGCGCCUUGCUGUCGCGGCUGCUCUAUCAGAAACGCAGCCGCAUGAACCCGUGGUGGCUGAGCGUCAUCGUGGGGGGCUACCAGGGCGAGAAGCCCGACGUGGUGCCCGAGGCCUCCGCGAGCGUCGAGCCGCCGCGCAAGAAGAAGCCCUUCGUUCUCGGAUACGUGGACAUGUAUGGCACGUUCUACGAGGAAGACAUCAUCGCCACCGGUCUCGGCCGCUACUUCGCCAUCACACUGAUGAGAAACCAGCACCGCCCCGACAUGUCGGAGGAAGAAGCGCGGAAGCUGCUUGAGGAGUGCAUGCGGCUGCUCUUCUACCGCGACUGUGGCGCAUCCAACCGAAUUCAAUUCACGAAGAUCACGUCUGCGGGCGUCCAGGUCGAGGAGCCUUAUGUCAUUGACAGCAAAUGGGACUACGAGGGGUACGUGAAGAAGACGAUGGACAUGGAUCUUGCUGGAUGCGCGUGGUGA